UCACAUUGAGGAUCGAAUCCAAAUCCAACGAUGGUCGCGGAUUCUGAGUUUGGAGGCACGGCGAUGGAUCCUUCUCUUCCUGGUUGCAAGUAUCUUGUUUCUGCUAUUCUAGCUAUGGAACCUUCAGAAUGCUUAAUCUCACAUGCUAGGGCCUGUGGCGGAGGCUCAAUUACUUACCAAGUUCAACAAUUCAUCUUGGACCAUUGCAUUUCCAAACCUAAUGAUUUUUAUGCGCCUUACUUGAACAAUUUUCUUAAGAAGCUUAUCACUCAAAUUGAGUCUCAUCAUGGCACUGUCUUGGACCAAUUUUACGAACUCUAUGCUCACUACAUUACAUCGUCUAAGGAUGGUAGUUUAGGCAAAAGAGAUUCAAGAAUCGUUAAAAGAAUUUCUUUUCUUUUUCCUGAUGGUUGUUCUGAUGUACAAAAAUGUCCGCACUCAAGGGUGCUAACUUUUCCAUUGCAGUGUUCUCUAAACAUGCUUGAAGGUGAUACUGGAUGCUCAAUAUGGCCAUCAAGUCUGUUUUUGUCCGAGUUAAUACUUUCUCGACCAGAAUUAUUUUCUAAUAAAUUGUGCUUUGAGAUUGGCUCAGGAGUUGGCUUAGUUGGAUUAUGUCUUGCCCAUGUGAAAGCUUCUAAGGUGAUACUAAGUGAUGGUGACCUUUCAACUUUAGCUAACAUGAAGUUUAAUUUGGAGUUGAACAACCUGAAUGUUGAAACUGACAUGCUACAAAGAAAUGAGGAUACAAGCACAGUAAAAUGCUUGUAUCUGCCAUGGGAAUCUGCAUCAGAAAGUCAACUACAAGAUAUCGUGCCAGAUGUUGUUUUGGGUGCAGAUGUGAUAUAUGAUCCAGUUUGCCUGCCACAUCUUGUUCGUUUACUUACAAUUCUUUUGAACCCCACGGAUUUGGAUUUUCGCGGACAGCUCACGAGUUGCAAGGGCCACUCUCCAAACAGCAUACAUGAAAAUGGUGAACCUUAUUGUAAAGGUGCUAUUGAUAGAUCUGAUGGUAGAUACAAAACAGUUAAAAAUGAUGGUUGUAAUGGUCAGCAAAAGGAAACACCGGUGGCUUAUAUUGCAUGUGUUGUUCGGAAUGUUGAAACUUUCAACUAUUUUCUUUCUCUUGGGAACCAAGCUAACCUUGAUAUUGAUGACCUAACUGAUUCACUGAAGCCAAUGAAUCUCCUCAUGUACAUGCAGUCAUACAAUCAAGCCGAUAUAAAACUACUGCGUAUCACUUGCAGUCAUACAAUCAGACUACAAUAGCGUGUUUGGAAUUUUAAGAAACUUUGGUGUUACUGUGUGGCAACAUAGAAGCAACAAAUCAAAGCUUCAUGAAAUCACGGUAAGAGUUGCAUUGCCAUGCGGAAUUGCUAAAUGAAACACAUCCUAACAUGUCCUAAGAUUUCUAUAGCACCAACAUUUCUUAUGAAAUACUAAUACAUUGAUUACAUUUAAUUAAUUUAUUUUAUCAAACUAUUUUCGAUCUCGA